GGAAUUAUUGGUAACACUCAUAUUUGGUUGGAUUUCGAAGCCAUAAUGCCGAAGUGGAUGUCCUUGCUGACCAGCACUUUGCGGUUACACUGCUAAUACAGUUACUAACGAAAAUCACUUUAAGUGCAGCUUUUGGCAAACAUCGAAAAGUGACUGGACUAUAAAUACCAAACAUACAACGACCACACUGGUCACAAUCUUUUGGCGUUGCAUAUAGCGAAGAACAAAAUGACAACGCCCACACAUAAUGAAUAUGCAGACAUUGAACUGUCCACGCUGGAGAUUGGCGGCACCAGCAAUAAAACGGAUCCCAUUUACUCCAUCAAGCCGGACUUCAUAACGCAAUGGCGACAGAAAAAGGAGCGUGAAAAUAUUUGCAAGUCCAUUUUCAAUCGCUUCGUCGAGCAUACGGAAUGUAAACGUCUGCUGGAAGCCGCGCAAUUGUACCAUCCUUUCAUUGGCGAGAACGGUGAACUCAACAUUUGGAAUGCUAAUAUCGAUAUGGAUAUGCUGGCAACCUAUACCAACCGCAGUCUGAACUAUAGCCUCUUGGAAGAUUUUACGAAUGUGACUACACGCGGUCCCACGCCCUCGCAAGUACUGCCACCUUUUGCGCUCUGGCAGAGCAUACUGAUCGCGCUGUGUCUAUCGAUCUGCAUCAUCUUGACGGUGGGCGGUAAUGUGCUUGUACUGCUUGCCUUCAUCGUGGAUCGGAAUAUACGACAACCGAGCAAUUAUUUUAUAGCAUCUUUGGCCGCCACGGAUGUGCUGAUCGGUUCCAUUUCAAUGCCUUUCUACACGAUAUACGUGUUGAUGGGCUACUGGGAUUUGGGACCAUUGCUUUGUGAUCUUUGGCUCUCUGUGGACUACACGGUCUGUUUGGCGUCACAGUAUACAGUGCUGCUUAUAACCAUCGAUCGUUAUUGUUCGGUGAAGAUCGCAGCAAAAUAUCGUAGUUGGCGUACCAGAAAACGUGUGAUUUAUAUGGUCACCAUUACAUGGAUUGUGCCGGCGUUGCUCUUUUUCAUUUCUAUUUUCGGUUGGGAACACUUUACGGGCAAGCGUGACCUCCUGCCUGGGCAGUGUGCUGUCCAGUUUCUUAAGGAUCCGGUUUUCAAUACGGCGCUUAUUAUCGGCUACUAUUGGACAACGCUCAUAGUUCUAUUUAUCUUGUAUGGUGGUAUUUAUCGUACCGCCUACGAAAUGCAGAAACGUAGUGAAGCCAAACAGCGGAAAAUGCAAUCGAUGGUGGCGCUAAGUGCAGGCGCAAUGUCUGGUAUGGCCGGGCAUGCAGCCGGUAUAGGUGUUAUAGAAGAAAAAAUACUGAAAACUCAAGUAGAGAUCGGUGGCAACACGACGAAGGAUGGUAACAACUGUAGCGGUGCGACAAAACGUGGCUCGGGUCAGAUGAACCCACUUACACAAGCCGAAGCUAUAAAUGGCACGGCUGGCGAUGGCGUUAACGAGCAGCGUCGCAUUUCAGAAGGUAAAAUGGAAAAUGGUAAACGCGAUGGUGGAUCUGGUGAAACAGAGAAAAGUGAACGCUCCAGCAGUCCGGCAUUCGAUUCGGACGAGGAGAGUUCAGUCAAUCAAGCACAGCAAAUGGCAAAUCAGCAAAAACUAGCCAAUCUCCGCAAGCGUUCAUCAAUCGGCCUGGUUUUCGGCGCACAGGCCGCACUCAUUGCUACUCGUAGUAAAGGUAAUUUAACCCAAUGCUCCAUAAAUUCCAAGUCCAAUGAAGCCAUGGCCACAGUGGCUACCGCCACAUCCCCCAAUCCAACACGCAGCGGUGUACUUAUACGUACACAAAGCAAAGAAGAGGUGAGUGUACAUACAAGCGCGAGUAGCGAACGACCUAAACGUACAUCCUGCACGACACUGUCACAAAUUGUCGAAACAGAACGGCAGCUGGAUGAGCAGCUCAGAGCGGAAUCUACGCCACCACGGUCACGAUCCAGUACCGCUACAAAAUUACUUGUUGAAUCACCGCUUUCACCGGUCGACAUUGCGCCUAUCGAAGUGCCACGUGACCAGGUACAACCGUGCUUGGUACAAGCCAUACUACCACCACCCGAGCAAUUCCAAUGUCCCACACCUCUUUCUGACUAUUCGGACCGGCCUUUGGGCGGCAACAGCAGUAACAGCGAACUAAAUAUGACCUACAACCUACUCACCAAUCAUUCCGAUUUGCGUUUUAUGGACGAAAGUUCCGUAAUGCUAGCAUCACCUACCACUAAUGGCAGCGUAACCUGCUCAUUGCGGCAAGCAAUACCACAGGCCGCUGCUGUCAUGCGUGCGGAAGUGCCGACCAAUCAGGAGCGUGCCAACCAAGUCAUCACUAACCCCAAACUGUUGCAACAGGCGCUGCAAAAGGCUGUAGCUGCGCAGCAACAACAGCAACAACCUAAACCCAAAAUUAAAAGACGUGCUUCCCCACCUGAAACCGGCAAUCCACCCGCUCCACCCAAUGGUAACACAAAUUUCACACCACCAAAUGAGCUUGAUAAUGUCGAAAUUGAACGACACCUUCUUGUUUCCUACACAGGCAUGGAAGAUUUCGUCAAAGUGCGUCGCGAAAGCUGCAUAGAAGCUAUUAGUUUACUAAGCGUCAAUGAGCAUGCCAAGUUAAUAGAGGACAAAGUGACCUCAACGGAAAUACGACGCAGCUCCAGUCCGCUAGAGACGAAUACGAAAAGUAAAGGCAACGCAACCACCGCCGCCACUACAGUGACGCUCACCAUGCAAAAUCAAUUAACAACAACCAUAACCACAACGGUGCCACCAGCGCAACUUGAGAAAAUCGAUGAACGCGAAACAUUCGUGACCACCACAACCAACAAUAAGUUGGUCAACACAAGGCAGACCACAACAAGCAGCACCGAUUCGACGGCGCCGCCAGCAACAAGCACUGCACAAAUUGACAACACAACCUGCACGGGCUACGUUUCCGGCGCUGGCAUCAGCACCACCGGCGGCAGCAGUAGCAGCACCUCGAAUACCAACAACAAGCCGUCGAGCAUAAAGUCACAGCGAGAAGCGAGCGGCGAAGCGGCCAGCCGGAAUUCGAGUAAACGCGCCUUUAUGCAAUCGAUUGGCAAGCACUUCAAGAGCAAAAAGAAAAUACCACUGCUGGUUGGUGGUGGGAGACAAAAAUCAAAGUCGGAGAAUCGUGCACGCAAAGCGUUUCGCACGAUCUCUUUCAUACUUGGCUGUUUUGUGGCGUGUUGGACGCCAUAUCAUGUGCUCGCACUGGUGGAGGGUUUCUGCCGCAAUCCACCCUGCACCAACGAGCAUCUCUAUAUGUUUUCAUACUUUCUUUGCUAUGCGAAUAGUCCGAUGAAUCCCUUUUGCUAUGCGCUCGCGAAUCAACAGUUCAAGAAGACGUUUACGCGCAUACUCAAAGGUGAUUUUCAUAUGACUUAAAUCUUAAAGCUUGAUCUGUGCGGUAGUGAGGAGCGAAUGUGUUAGAGCGUAUGAGUGUGAGAGAGCUUCUGUGCGGAGAGUAUCAAGGUGAGAGAAGUAGGCAGCUUACAGAGUACAACAAAGCUUUCAGCGCUUUAUAAAGCUUUCAAAACAUAUCAAAAACUUGCGUAGGAGUCUUAAACAUACAUACCACUUGAAAGCUCUUAAGCGUAAUAAUACUAAGUAAAAUGCAAGUAUGCAAGCUUUAAGCACGUGAAAGCUUUCAGUCUAUUAUAGUGUUUUCAGAGCAUUAUAAAGUUGAGUUUAAAGCUAGCAGAGCAUUGAAAAAAUUUUUGAAGCACAUAACCGCUUUCAAAGCGUCACAAAGCUUGAAAGUUCUGAGUUGAUAAUUUUAGAAACUGUUUUCGAAUUAACACAGUAAAGAUAUUUUAUUUUAAUUUUCUACUAAUUUGUAGCGUAAUGUUAGUCUAAAAUUGUAAAAAUCAAAAUAUAUUUGGUGACGCUGCUUUGGUGUGAACCCUAAUGAGCCCUAGGCACUACCAGUAGAUAGCGUUGCCAAGUAUAUGCGAAUAUUUAAAAUCAUAUUAUUUACAAAGAAAGCGUUUCCAAAACAAAUCAACUCCAAAAUAUUAUCUGUUCGCUGCCAGGGGCGCAUGAGAAGAAUGUGAGGUUAAGUAUAAUGUAAAAAAACGACAAAAUUAUUUGCAAAAAGUAUGUAGCUUAGUAUGUGUGAGAGCGCGUGUGCUUAUUUGUGUAUUUAACGGUUCCCUUAGUGCAUUAUAGACGGCCACAACAAGCGCACGUCAAGUCAGCAGCUUGAGGUCUUCUAAUGACAAGCCGACGGCGUGGCGUACGCGGGCCUUAAAUCACGCUGAUUUUGAAUUAUUUGUUUAAAAAUAAAGUAAAAUAUUAAUUUAAGCUGAAAAUAUAUUUUUUAAAAUAUGUAAUAAGUAUUUGGUAUUUGAACUGUUAGGAACAAUACAAAAUUCUUUGAAAAUAAAUAGAAAUUAUGCAUAUUGUAAGAAAAUAUUAUAUAAUUAAACUUAUUUAAAUAGUGGCUAGCGAACACAAUAACUUAAUUAUUAGUAUGUAGGGGAAUAUGCAGCGUUAAGAAAUAUGUUAAUUAAUUAUGUUUAACAAAUUUUAGACAAUAAUUACUGAAGUAAAAGAGCUGCAUAUUUUACGUUAAUUACUGCUUAAGAAAAUCUCAAAUAAUUAAUUAAUAAGUAAUAAUUAGUUGAUUAUUAAUUAAGUAAUUAAGAAAAAAGUUGUUAAACACAGUCAAACAGUGCGACUUAAUGCAAUUACAUAAGUGUAUACUUACUGUUAACACAUACAUGCAUAUACAUAUACAUACAUAUAUAUAUACAUAUAUAAAUAAUAAUAAUAAAUUAACUGUUGUUUGUAAUUAUCAAUAUGAGUACAUACAUAUGCAUCAUAAUUUAGUUUAACACACACACAUACACACACCUCUAUUGGUAGCUAUAUACAUACAUAUGUAUAUGCGCAGACAUAAGUAGCCCUCAACAUAUGCGUGUGUGUGCAUCCGCAUGUCAAAGACAAAUAAUAUGUGCAUAAUAAAGCACAUACAAAUAUCUUACUUACUUACACUUGCCUAUGUGGAACAAUAAAUAAUAUUAAUUGUAAACACAUACAAAUACACAUAUAUAUAAAUAUAAAUAUAUAUACAUAUAAAUAAAUAUUAGCUCUAUAUAGUUAUAGUUUAAGUUACAGAAAUUAUUAGUUUAAAGCAUUGCUGUACAUACCCACACACUGACAUCUGUGUAAAUGACAAAUAAUAAAAUAUAUGAAAAUAGUAAUUAAA